UACUUCCCCAUUGUACACUCUCCCACAAAAACAAUCUCGCAAAAAUGGCUACCCGUUCGCCAGACUCCCCUCCCCAUGACUCCAAGAAGCAGAAGACCAACCCUAAGAACAAGGUCUGCUUGAUUGUUCACGACGGCUGGGGAAUCUCGGACAAUGAGAAGGGUAACGCCAUCUUCCACGGUGACACCACGAACAUGGACGCCAUCCGUGACAAGCACAACUUUGUCGAGCUCCAGGCGCACGGUCUUGCUGUGGGCCUCAAGGAUGGCCUCAUGGGCAACUCGGAGGUCGGUCAUUUGAACAUUGGUGCCGGCCGUAUCGUUUGGCAGGACAUUGUCAGGAUUGACCAGUGUGCGUCGAUGAACGUGCUGCUCCCAGAAUGCUUACCUUGCUCAGCUAUCAAGAACGACGAGUUCAAGCUUCAGCCUUCCAUUGCUGCCUCUCUCAAGCACGCCAAGGACACGAAUGGCCGCCUCCACCUCAUGGGACUCCUCUCCGACGGUGGUGUUCACUCGCACAUUAACCACCUCUUCGCGCUCCUUCGCGCUGCCAAGGAGGCUGGCGUCCCCCACGUGUACAUUCACGCGUUCGGUGAUGGCCGUGACACUGCCCCCAAGUCUGCUACUGGCUACGUUCAGCAGCUCCUGGACUACAUCAAGGAGAUUAGCAUCGGCGAGCUGGUCACCUUCGUUGGUCGCUACUACGCCAUGGACCGCGACAAGCGCUGGGAGCGUGUUAAGGUGGCGGUUGACGCCCUUGUUGAUGGCGUGGGGGAGAAGGCCGAUGACCCCGUCAAGGCUAUCGAGCAGUCCUACGAGAACGGUGUCACUGAUGAGUUUGUCAAGCCCCUCAUCUUUGGCGACGACUCGACUCGCAUCCACGUGAACGACACCGUCUUCACCUUCAACUACCGCUCUGACCGCAUGCGUGAGCUCGUUACCUUGCUUGCCUUCGAAGACAAGCCCAUCGACCUGCAGAUCCCCAAGGGCCUUAACAUCACCACCAUGUCGCGUUACAACCCCGAGUGGACCCUCCCCGUCGCCUUCCCUCCUGUCUCCAUGGACAACGUCCUCGCUGAGUGGCUCGCCAAGGAGGGCCUUACCCAGUCCCACAUUGCUGAGACCGAGAAGUAUGCCCACGUCACCUUCUUCUUCAACGGUGGUGUUGAGAAGCAGUACCAGGGCGAGGAGCGUGUCAUGAUUCCUUCCCCCAAGGUUGCCACCUACGACAAGAAGCCUGAGAUGAGCGUCCAGGCUGUUGCCGACAAGGUUGCCGAGGUCGUCAAGUCGGACAAGUUCGACUUUGUCAUGUGCAACUUUGCCCCCCCCGACAUGGUCGGCCACACUGGCGACUACGAGGCUGCUGUCAAGGCCAUCACUGCUACCGACGCUGCUGUCAAGACCAUCUACGACGCCUGUGAGGAGGCAGGCUACAUCCUGGCCAUCACCGCCGACCACGGAAACGCGGAGCAGAUGCUUGACCUUGAGACUGGCAACCCCCACACUGCCCACACUACCAGUAUGUGCUUCUACUGCGGGGACUUGCAAGCAGCUUACACAAUUGCAGACCAUGUUCCCUUCAUCGUCACCGGCCCCAAGGGACUCUUCGCCUCCAAUGAGCCCGGCGCUCUUGCGGACGUUGUCCCUACCAUCCUGUCUAUCCUGGGCGUUUCUCAGCCUGAGGAAAUGACUGGCAAGUCUCUCGCCAAGUAGACGUUCAUAGAAUCACCUACAAUAGUACACCGAUGAAUGUGUCAUCACGUGA